GCUGAUUCCCUCACCGAAGAGCAAGUGUCCGAGUACAAGGAGGCAUUCUCCCUGUUUGACAAGGAUGGUGAUGGACAAAUCACCACCAAGGAGCUGGGCACCGUCAUGCGCUCGCUGGGCCAGAACCCCUCCGAGUCUGAGUUGCAGGAUAUGAUCAACGAGGUUGACGCCGACAACAACGGCACCAUUGACUUCCCAGAAUUCCUCACCAUGAUGGCUCGUAAGAUGAAGGACACCGAUUCCGAGGAGGAGAUCCGCGAGGCAUUCAAGGUUUUUGAUCGCGAUAACAACGGAUUCAUUUCCGCUGCCGAGCUACGCCAUGUCAUGACUUCCAUCGGCGAGAAGCUGACCGACGACGAGGUUGACGAGAUGAUCCGUGAGGCGGAUCAGGAUGGCGAUGGCCGGAUCGACUACAACGAGUUCGUUCAGCUCAUGAUGCAGAAAUGAACGACGCAUUCCUACCGUUGCGCCUUUUUCCAUGUUAGCUGACAUCGCGGUUUCUUAACGAGAAUGUUUCUCUUCCAUUUCAAUUUUCCAAUACCGAUUUCCUGUAGUCUAUGCUCAUUAGGCUCUACAUCUUGGAUGAUUUACGAUCAAGCGUGUGCUUUGAAACGCAGACGGAAUGAACUGGGCGGUACUUUGGGUCAACUGUUCAUAAUAUAGGAAUGAUGGCUCUCUCCCUAUAAUCCUGACGGUGCUGGGGUUGUCUCAACAUCCCCACCUUGUUCCAACC